CACUCGGAGGCCGCCGCAGGCCGGGCGCCCGCCCGCCUGCGGGCCCGGCGCGCCCCCCCGCGCCGCCCGGGCUCCCCCCCCCCUCCUUCCCGUCCCGCGCCGAUGGCCGCCGCGGGCUGCUCCGAUGUGGCCGAAGCUGCACGGGGCCAAUGCAGCCGGGAGGCAGCGCGGGGGCGGCGCUCGCCCCCGAGCAGCGGGCCUCGCCAGCGGUGCACCCGGCGCACGCCGCCGAACAGCGGAGAGCGCCGCCGCGCGGCCGGCGCGGUCGCCGCCGAGGGGGCGCCGUGGCCGCUCCCAGGCGGCGGCGGCGGCGGGGGGCCCGUGCUGGACUUCGGGAAGGUGCGGGUGCACCUGGGGCGCGUGCCGGACCUCGUGCUACUGGUCGCCUUCGGCGCCUACGUGGCACGCGCCUGUAUCCAGCAGCUCGAGGUCUCGCUGCCAGCAGCCGUCCCCAUCGGCCUCUUCGCGUCCUGCCAGCUGCAGAGACUGUUCCACUGGCUGCACGGCGACUCUCCGUGACCUCCCCUGGUCCUGCCGUCCCUCGCGCAGGCGGUGAGCCUCGCGCGGGCGCCUCCUCUACAUGCGGAGGGCUCCGGCUGCGCACCUACGGUGCACCUGGCCACGAUCUGUGUUGGCGUCUCGCUGGCGCCCUCUGGUGCGUAUGA